AAUUAUAGUAUGUGCCUUGGUUAGAUACCGAAAGUUUCUGUGCUUGUGAAGCGACUGCGUCAUGAGAUCGAAUUUUCUAUCGACGAUAAGGCCGCUCGUUGCCUCCAUUUCUACUGUGCAUGAAGCGUCAGACAAAGUGCAUUCUGCGCGACCAAUCAGAGUGUGCAAAAUGUCGGCAUAGAUUCAAUGCUAACAGAAGUUCGUGGUAAUGAUCUUGGAAAGAUCGUGGAAAAAUAAUUCAGUCAAGUCCACGCUGAUCGGUUUACCCUCAUUUUUUUAUAUUCUGGAGCGCUUCAUUCCAAGGUUUUCGUCCCUUUCUCGGAAAGACUGUGUUGCUAUAUUUCGUUAGCGUUUCAGGCGAUGUUGUUAUUUUCUCUCUUAGCCUCUGGUAGAGUCGAGGUGGUGUGAUCGCGAGUGGAAGUGUCGUUGCUGACAAACGGGCGGGGAGAUUGCCAGCUGACGGCAAAAUCUUGGCCCGUGGAGUUUUAAUCGUGUAGCUGCAUUUCCUCAAGUGACCCAGUUCAGUGCGGGGAGCAGAGCAUCUUCAGAGACGCGGAGCUAUCUGGUAAAGAAGGGUUGAGGCUGAGCAUGACAGGAAAGAAGCCAUGCCAAUGGGGGAUGCUGGUCAGACAGUCGCACGCCGUUGGGCGCUUCAAAGAUAGGCUACGUCGACUGAGAGACCGUGACUUUAUGAGGUUUUGCGAGAAGUUUUUUUGCACGAGUGGUGCAUCGGACUCGGCACACAGACACCACAGUACUGAAGGAUCAUCAACUCCUACCCAGUUUUAUGAUUCUCAAACUUUGGGGGACUGGCAAGCUCUAUAUGAAUCCUGCGAACCAGGUCUACCGCGAUUUCAGAGAAACUUGGAUGGGGCACAAGAUGAAGAUGAGACUCCUCUUCUGCAUCGCACUGAUUCAGAUUACUCGAUGCUGCUGGAUUCUGCAAGUUGCAGCGUACCCCAACAUCCUCACGGUCUCCCACUACCGACGUCUAAUCGGGAGGAUCGUGAUUUGUAUUCAUCGGACUCGUUCAAUCCCUUGCCCAGCAGUAAAGGGAGUGCUGAUGAAUGUGAUGAUAUGAUCUCCGAGCUGUGUUAUGACUCGAAGGGCUUGCAGCUCAAUUCUAGUGCAAUGGCCGAGGGCAUCAGAGAUGUUGGCGGUUUUUCCUCCACCUUGGCACUGUAUGCUUGGGCUGUCGAAAAUUGCGUUAUCGACGAGGAGGAAGAACAUGACCAAAGCACGGGGAGGCGAGGAUGGCAUAUCAUGAAGAGGAUAUUUUCUGCUUGUAAAUGGAUGUCGAGGAUGCGGAGAUUUCGAAGACGUGCACGGGCAAGAACGAGGUACAGGAGUGCAGAUCACAGUGAAAGGUUCAUUGGGGUUCGGAGACGAAAUGGGAAAUGGGUGUCAGAGAUCAGGGUUUUUUCUUCAUCUAGGAAAGUAUGGCUUGGUUCAUUCGACACGGAGAAGGCGGCUGCCCUUGCCUUUGAUGCUGGUAAGUAUCACUCAUCUACGAGAUACGACAAGUUUAACUUUCCUGACUCUCCUCAAUUACUUGGGCCUAAGAAAGAUCUGCAUCUCCUCCCUCCUGAGAAGAUUAAGACUGAGCUCAAGAAGGUCGCGAAAGAUUUUGCCGAAGGAAAUUACUAGAUGCUUGAAGAACUAGAUUGUUAGAUCUGUCAUUUAUGCGAUGACAACCACAUCACUUGGUAAAUAUUGUAAACUAGAUAGCCAGCUUUAGACGGCGAGUGUAGUUUAGUUCUGAGGAUUUCGCCUAAAAUCUGAAAAAUUUCAGUGUACGGAGGAAGUUCCAAAGUUGCAAUAUAAAAGAAUUCGAGCAGUUCGUUUCAUUUA